AUGACCCGCAGUAGGAAGCAGGCGGCGCUGGAGAGAGGAGCUGCGAAGAUGAACCAAGAGGCAGGGAACGCCGCGACAGCGGCCGCAGGAGCACAGGCGGAGGUGGCAGCUGACGGCGGAGCGGCUCCUGCCGCCUGGAGGCUGGAAGGGGAGGCGGAGAAAGUUGUGUACUCGCGCUCGCAGAUUUCUUUUGCCAGCACCAAAGCGCUGGGCGACGCCCUCAAGAUCUUCAUGCCCAAAUCCACGGAGUUUAUGAGCUCCGACUCAGAGCUGUGGAACUUCCUCUGCAGCCUCAAGCACGAGUUCUCUCCUGUCAUCCUUCGCAGCAAGGACGUCUACGGAUACGCUUCCUGUCGCGCCGUCGUACCCGAUCCACCACCGCCCUCGUCGGAGCGGCCCCGUCGCCGCGCCGGCAAGCGGCGCUUCCCGGCCGCCGACACCAAGCGCCGGGCCGCGGCGGUGGGUGGCAGCGCCAAGCCACGGAGGCGGCGGCGGCGCCGCAGGAGGGGACGGGGGAAGCAGCGGCAAGUGGCCGCGACCCCGGCGGGCGGCGGCCCCUGCGGCGAGGAGCGGGAGGCGUUGUCGGAGUUGGGGCAACCAGGCGAGGAGGCGGACAGCGAGCGGGACAGCACGGCGGAGGGCGCCACCUGGGAGCCCUUCGGCGGCAAGUCGCUGGAGGAGAUCUGGAAGGCAGCUAUCCCCCGCCUCACCACCUUCCCUACCAUCCGGGUGCGGGGCAGCGUUUGGAGCCGGCGGAGCCUGGCGGCGGUGCUGCGCCGGGCGCAAGGGAUCCUCGGCGUGGACUUGUCUCCUGUGGUGCGGCUGCGCCGCUUCCCCGUGGCGCCGUCCUGA